AAGGGGUCUCCAUCAGCAGGAGGCGGAGAGGACUGCAGGCAAGCAGAGAGAGAGGCAGUCAAAUCAGGAGACUGAACCUUCCCUUGAGAGUCGGGGAGCUCUUCCACACAGGAAACCGUUUUUAGAAAGGCUGUACAAUGUCCGACUUUGACAGCAACCCGUUCGCAGACCCGGACUUCAGCAAUCCAUUUCAGGAUCCUUCAGUGACGCAGGUGACCCGGUCUGCCCCUCCUGGUGGUCUGGAGGAGUAUAACCCCUUCACAGACGCCAGAACGGCGGCCCCUGGGAAUGCCCCCAAAGCUACUCCUGCCCCCGCCCAGCAGAACACACAGCCUGCCAUCAUGAAGCCCACAGAAGAGCCGCCGGCUUACUCACAGCUACAGACUCAGGACCAAGCACGUGCUCAGGCUGAGUUGUUGAGAAGGCAGGAGGAGUUGGAGAAGAAAGCAGCAGAGCUUGAUCGUCGGGAGAGAGAGUUACAGUCCCACGGAGCUGCGGGAGGGCGUAAGAACAACUGGCCUCCCCUGCCAGAGAAGUUCCCCGUUGGCCCAUGUUUCUACCAUGACAUCGCAGUGGACAUUCCUGUAGAGUUCCAAAAGACCGUCAAGAUCAUGUACAACCUUUGGAUGUUUCACGCAGGCACGCUCUUUGUGAACAUGUUCGGCUGCCUGGCCUGGUUCUGUGUGGACGCAUCUCGCGGUGUAGAUUUUGGCCUGGCCAUGCUAUGGUUCUUGCUGUUCACUCCCUGUUCAUUCGUCUGCUGGUACAGACCGCUUUAUGGGGCUUUCAGGAGUGACAGUUCAUUCCGCUUCUUUGUCUUCUUCUUCGUCUAUAUCUGUCAGUUUGGAGUUCACGUUCUACAAACUAUUGGCAUCACUGGCUGGGGAACAUGCGGUUGGAUCGCAGCUUUAACUGGUCUGAACACCAGCAUCCCAGUGGGCAUCAUCAUGUUGCUGAUUGCAGCCCUGUUCACUGCACUGUCUGUGGGCUCGCUCAUCAUGUUUAAAAAGGUGCAUGCACUGUAUCGUACCACUGGUGCUAGUUUCGAGAAGGCUCAACAGGAGUUUGCAACUGGGGUCAUGUCGAACAAGACCGUUCAGACUGCAGCCGCCAACGCCGCAGCCAAUGCUGCAACCAAUGCUGCUCGUGGGGCCUUCAAACCUCAGCCAUAAACUGAACAUACCCACACGUACAUGCACACACGCGCACACAUACAAGCAUACACACAUUCACACACAAGAAUUGAAGAUGCACAACUCUGGCUCCGCAGGCUCUCAGAUCAAAUUGAUUCUAUUUAUGAAUGUUGUUAUGCUAAGAUUGCCCUGCACACUCGCUUGCACACACACUUGCACCUGCUUAAAAAGUGCAAAGAGUCGGAGACCAGAGAUAACAGAGAAGUUAGUCAGAUAAAGUGACCAGAGUUGUUCACCUUCACUUGAAAUCAAAUUUCAGAAACAAAAAAACUCUCCUACAUUCUUUCUGUCUGCUUCUCAGUCAGAUGACUGCUCACAUCCCUUGAAACAUCCACUAAGUGACUCGAGGUGUGCUCUGAGUGUGUGGGAUUUCAUCUCACGCUUUCUCACUCGCUCCUUCCGCUUUCCCUGUUCUUCUGUCACCUCGAGGUUAUCCUAGGUCAGGCAGAGGUUCGCAGUUCUAGCAUACCUUAUUUUUGUCAUGGUGAUGACCUCCAAACAGCUUCCUGCCUGGUUAAUACAGUAUACAGUUAUGAAAAGUGAUAAUCUGAUCAUGGUGUUUUUGCACAUAGCUCUGUUGUCUCGGUCACAUACGGAAAGUACAGUGUAUGUUUGACUGCCUGGGCCUGCGUGUGAAUGUGUACUUUACUUUAAGAGAAUUUUGGCUCUCACUUUUUUUUAAGAAUUCAGUCAUUGACAUCCGAAAGGUAAAUUGUACCUUGUCCUACAUCUGUGCUUCUAUUCUGAGACAAAUAUCAUCCAAGUAGAAAUAUGUCGGUAUGUUCUUAUUUAAGGACCCGCCUGCAGCACCCAGCAGUGCUCCAGUGAAACCUGUCAGUUGAACAGUUAUUCCCAGUUCGUGUGCUACUUUGAUUGGCGAUGUGGGCUGGAUCAGCAUCUCCGUGGCUUCCUAAGAUUUGACAGCAUGAUAACGACAUGCAUGUUCAGCACAGUAACGGUAGCGGUUUCUUUGGCAAAGUCAUACUGUCUGCUUUUCUCUGGCUACAGCUGGUGGCUGGUUUUGAGGGGAGGAUGUUCGCCUACUUAUUUUCCCUCGGUUGGGUUUCUGUGAGACGUGAGCUGUAAAGUUAUUGCAUGUCCCAGCGGCUGUGAACUGAUUGACGAUGUUUGGAUCUAAUUGUGAAGAUGCACUAAACACCCAGGUCAGUAGGGUCACCAGUUCUCACAACAGACCUUGAAGAGUUAAGUUAUGUGCUUUCAUAGCCUCGGCCCAGCUGUUGAAGAAUUUAAUCUGGGUCAGAAUGAUGCAGAUUUGGAAAUUGGAAAUACUUUGUGCCAUUUUUUCAAAGCAACAUUGGAUUGGAUCACCCGAUCCAGAUACAAACUUUUCAAGAUCACUAAGAAGCACUAAAAGGGGCUACAUAUCACAGCGUAGGCAGCCUGCAAUUACCACUUAUCCCCAUAGGUGUCGCCAAAGAGAAUAAACAGAUCUGUGAGAUUGUGAUUGCAACUUGAAGCCUCGGGGUGUUAUCCCCAUAAAACAAUCCCCCAAAUAGCUGUCAGUAUCAGUAAGAAGUAAGUAAGUAUUUAGUUGAUAGCCUAAUCAAGUGCAAAAUAUAAAUACAAUCAUAAAUAACUGACCAGUUUAAAAGUUUUAUUACAUUUUGUUGCUGAAAUCCACCCCUCUUCUGGGACCAGGAUGAUCCUGAUUUUGAACAACACGUACUGAAGGUUAGGUUUGAUUUAGAUCAAAACUGAAAAAGACUGGAUUAUGUGAUAUAAUCUGAUAUAAUCUUUUUUGAAUGACCCAUUUUGAAGAUUUGAUCCAAUCCGAUUCCCCAAAUCUGAUCAGAUUCCUUCUGAACAACUGGGCCCAGGUUCACUAAAGACAAGAAACAACAUAAGAAACUUUAUAAUUUCCCCUCAUGUAUAUGUGACAUUAACAGACUACUAUGUGGCUCCAUCUCAGCUGUUUUUUGUAGCCCUUCACUUGGUUAAAAACUAACGCUGCUAUGAAUCGGAGCGCCACUUGGUGGUGGCCUCCUGACGUCAUGUUUCCUAUUGAAAAGGGGACACACUAUUCAUUCAUUCAUUCAUAGGAAGAACUGAGAGAAGUGAGCGGCCUUUUCUCACAGACGAUGACCUGGACAGUGGUAAAGAUUUGAUUUUUCUAGAGAUUAACCUGCAUACAUGAAAUAGUAAAAACACUGACACUGUGUAUAUGUACACAACAUAGACUAACAGCCCGUUUGCAUUUUUACAGACUUUUUUUUUCUUCUGUUAAUGUUACUGGCAUCUGAAGUUUCAUAGCCAAAUGAACAUUAAGAUAACAGAGGAUAGGACUUAAUGCACAUUCAGUGAUAUCACUAAGAUACAUUAAUUUAUAUACAAUAAUAACAGUGUUAUUCAGAACUAAGUUGUACACACUACUUACGCUGAAGUGAAAUAUGGAGGUGGGUUACAUUUGUGUCGUGCUUUAGCACCUCUCAUAGUGGUGGUGAGUGUGUGACGGCGUGCAUGAUCGAUGACUGAUGACUGGUACUGCUUUUAUCACAAAUGUACAGACUGAGCAUUAUCGUGGAUGAAAUACUCCUGCAAGUGUUACCAAGUUGAAGGUCAAUAGUUUGUUGUGAAAUAAUCAGCCUACAUCUCGGCAGUAUUUUUUUGUUUGGAAAUAUUAUGUUUUUAAAUUCAUUGCACAUUUCUUGUUUUACGUUGAAUUUAGAGGAAAAAGUCAAACCUGUUUUUAUUUAUGGCGUAAUUUAAGUCGUUUGCAUUUCAGUUUUGUUUGGUUUGAUUUUACAUUAUGUAUUAUGUUUGUGUGGUUUUGUAAUGACAUGAUCAUAGCUAUCAGCUAGAUUUAAAAAGUGUCCAAUGACUUUGCAACUUGACCCUGCAAGAGGUGUGUUUGUGUGGAUGAGGAUGUGUGAAGGACUGGUAUGAAAGGCCACAAAAAAAAGACAAAAAAAUCUCCCUCAAGUGUUAUUCUAUGUCCUGAAAAGCUGUGAGAAAUCUACCAAAUGUCCAUAUAGAUUUGUUUUUAAAUCUUGGUUCGUGACGUGCUCCCUUGCCAUGUUUUACUUUAAAUAUUACACGACUUUUCUUUGCUACAAACACCCACAUGAUUCCCAUGUAUCUAUAGGUUUAAACAGUCGUUACAUGAAGCCAUGCCACAGUGGGUAAUUUCUUGAUGUGUUUUGGCGAGCCGAUCCGCAGUACUGAACGAUGUAUUUGAAGUCUGCUGACACAAAACUGUGUUUUUGACCUGUGACCAUGUUAUUUCGCUGAAUCAGAGAAGAAACUCAUUCAAAAGGGACACUUGUACAUUUUGUAAAGUUGAAAAUUUGAUCCCCAUCAUCAAUCACAUGUAAAAAAAAAAAAAAAAAAAAAAGAUAACAUAAUGCACUCUUGUCUGGCCUUUGUUGCAUGUGAAAUAGUUUGAGUUUUGUAUAUUUAUGGUAUUAACAUGAAAUAAAAUUUGAAAGAAA